AUGAGUUGCUUUAAACUCCCUAAGGGGCUUGUUAGAGAACUGGAGGGUAUGAUUCGCAAAUUUUGGUGGGGUUAUAAAGGAGAGCAUCAGAAAACUCAUUGGGUAAAAUGGGAGCAAUUAUGUGAAGUAAAAGAAGUUGGUGGCAUGGGGUUCAAAGAAAUUGAAAAAUUUAAUGAUGCUUUAUUCGCUAAACAAGUGUGGAGAAUGAUUAAUAAUUCUGAAUCUCUUUGUCAUCAAGUGUUUAAGGCUCGGUUUUUCCUGGAUUGCUCCAUAUUAGAUGCCAAAGAGUCCAAGUCAGGGUCCUACACAUGGAAGAGAAUUAUUGGGGCAAGAGAUGUGAUAUGCAAAGGGAUGGUUUGGCGCAUUAGGAUAGACUCUCUUCAUGCGGUUUGGUAUUGUGAAGCCAUUUCAGGUGUCUGGUCUACGUUGGAUUGGUUUCACCAAACUGCACCACCACAUCCCACUUCCGUCACUGAGCUACUUUCCAGUUUUCUGUGCAACAAAGAGGAGUUUAGAGCAGAGAUUUUCGUGAUCAUGGUGUGGUUACUAUGGAAUAGGUGUAAUGCAGUCCAGUUCGGUCACCCGCCUCUUCCAGUGGCCAGUAUUUGCAGUUCUGCAGGAGAUUCUGCAGUCAUCAUCAAUGCUCUUCUUCACGGUGCGGGUGAACUGGCUAGUUUUGGAAACAUCUUGGAUGAUAUUUGUUUACAUUCCUCUGUUUUUCAAUUUGUGGAUUUUGUUCAUGUUAUUCGUAAUUGUAAUUUAGUGGCUGAUGCUCUUGUUAAGAAAGCUAAGUCAAACGUUGGGGCUCAGUUCAAGAUUGGAGCUGCUGUGAGGAAGAAGUCUAGAGUCAAUGAUGAGAUUAGGGAUUUUUGA